AGUGCAUAAUCUCAAAUUAGCUCUUCUAGUGACACCAUGCACAAAUGCGUGUAAUUAAACACAGCACCUAAUAUAAUAUACUGUACCUGGGAUGCACGGGAACCAUGCGUUUGAUCGCAGUUGCCAGGUUCUGACACUAGAUGGCGCUGUGUAAACGUGAGAAGCAACAAUAGGUUCACCGCAAGCUUUUCUGUACUGGAGCUUCACGUCUCAUAGUCCUUCUGCUGUGGGUGUCAUCAAGUCUGAUUACGAGUAGCAUAUUGCUCUGUGUGUUUAACUUAGGGAUGCAGGGCAUCAGUUACAGCUGUGGGGUUGAUAUGAAGGGAGUUUAGCAUCAAGCUCUGACUGGAGCCCUCCCGCAUGUAGUGCAUUCGUAUCCUUCAGGGUGCAGAGUAAGACAGCCGUUGUGUGCAUCCAGCAUGUAAAGAAAAUAAAGGCUCGGCCACGUCCCUGUCGCACCAAGGCACACAAAGCCUAGUGCAGUGUAAGCAGAUGGGCGAGCAGAGAGGGCAGCGCUGUGUGGAAAAUGCUAGUGGCGGCAGACAAUGCCCCGGUCCGAGGCCCGACCAGCCCUCAGAGGGACAGGGGUCGCCUCACUGCGACAACAGCCCCCGUCUCCCUCCCUUCCUUUCCCUUUUUCCCCACCUGCUCCGCCAUGGGCACGGGGAGGAUGCUGAAGUUCGCCGUGUGCGAGGUGCUGCAGUUCGCCGGCCUGUGCGUGCCGCUCUUCAUCGUCAUGCAGCGGUUCGCCGUCCUGGUGGCCAAGGUCAAAGCGCCCGGCGACAGCGCCACGGCCUACUGGCUGAUCGUGGCCUCGUCCGUGGCCUACGUCACCUCCACCGCCCUGCUGGUGUGGGUGCCCCUGAAGGUCAUGGUCUUCAUGAAGAAGAGGUUCCUCGUUGGCAGGAAGAAGUGGAGGCCUGUGGCCCUCGUCUAUGUGAUCCUGUCCACAUUACCCUGCUUUGCCUUUCUCAUCGCCAGCUCUGAGGUGCAAAUAAAUAAUAACAUCAAACAUGACACGUUCACGGAGUUGCCGGUGUCUCUCGUCCUCUUCUCCCUCAUCUGUAUUGACGUGGUGGAGAGGAUACGCCACUGCAGACUGACGGGCCAGGGUGAGCCCGGCCCUCCGAGGGCUGUAGAUCCUCAACCUUCCUAGGCCAAAUGCUCCUAUAGUGACGACAGCCUGUCUUCACGUAGAUGAGCUUUGCUUUGAACACAGAUAGUGACAUUUGGUGCAGUCUAGGGGACAUCCAGUGAUCUAAUAACUUCUCUUAAAAUAGUGCUGAAUUGGCAAAGCUGAGAUUUUUGUGAAAUUCCCAAUAAGUUUGAUGUGUCACAUGACCCUCUUCCUAUUGAAAAAAACAAAAGUUGAAAAGUGUGCCCCCUCACAUACACUAAUGUGCCACAAACAGGACGUUAAUAUCACCAACCAUUCCCAUUUUAUUAAGGUGUAUCCAUAUAAUUGGCCCACCCUGUAGGUUUCUAAAGAAAAGCUCGGGUUUGACCAGAUUUAAGUUGUGACGUUUGGGGAAAAUCCCAAUCGUUAUUAUGGGAGAGAGAGAUGUUUUUGGUCAACAUGAAGAAGUUUUGCUCUGUUUUUUUUUUUCUAUUUUAAACCCUCCUCCUCUCCUCAGCCAAUGAGGCGGCCAGAGACGCUGACAUCCCCUCCACCGUCCUCACGCACGUGCAGCAGCUGACGCCAAUG